AAGCUAGCUCACUAAAACUGUGGCUGGCUGGCUGGCUGCUGAGUGUUUAUAUAUUGUCUUAGCUUUUCAUCAUUUUUUUCUUCCAUAUCAGUUGCAUUAAAAUGACAGAGAGAAAUCCAAUAGCAGCAGAUUCAUCACCUGACAGUGAUUUUAGCAACCAAUGGCCUUUUGAACUAUCUGAUUACUUGAAUUUUGAUGACAACCAAUGGCUACAAAUUGAUCCAACCACCGAGUCUAAUUUUGUUUAUCAUGCCAAUGAAUUAGAAGGUGAUCACAGCCACAUAGAGGGGACUUCUAGUUCUACUAGAGAUACUAAUAGUACUACUAUGAGUGAAAGUGAGAAUUGGAAGAAGGAAUUAGUUAAGGAGAGAGUUGCAUUCAAAACAAAAUCAGAGGUUGAAAUACUUGAUGAUGGAUACAGAUGGAGGAAGUACGGAAAGAAAAUGGUGAAGGACAGUCCCAAUCCAAGGAAUUAUUAUAGGUGUUCUGUGGAGGGAUGUCCUGUUAAAAAGAGAGUGGAGAAAGAUAAGGAUGAUCCGCGGUACGUGAUAACAACCUACGAAGGCAUGCACACGCACCCAACUCCUUCCUAGGUCCAAUAUUAUUAGGAUUGCAUAGAUUAAAUGUAAUCAAUAUUUCUUAAUAUGUGUAAUUUGAUCUAAUUUUGUUUAUAAUUUAUUCUGAAGGGAGUAAAUACUAAGAAGGAUACAAAAUAUUUAAGCCUUCUACAUGCUAUGUUCAACAAUA